AUGAUGACAAUUCAGCUUGAUGUGUGAGAGAGAGAGACGCAGAGAACGCGCGCUGUGUGUAAACUCGCGCCACACAUUUGCUUACGGUUUAAAACUUGUGGGUCUGCACCCAACACAUCUCUUGCCCGUAUUUCAGAUCAAUCGUGUCGUCUGCUGCAUUGAACCCGAACGCACCGACGCCUAUCACCGUUUCGUCGAGGAGGAAAAUCCGGAGAGCCGCGCUACGAACGAGGUAAAUGAGUCGGUGAUCAGACGUGGCGCCGAGGUAGAAACCGUUUUCGGCUGGCUGUUUUCAUUGUUUGUUUCAGAUCGACUACACCCAGGACUGGCGCCACAUCUACCUCGCCAUGAAUAACAUGUUCUCCGCCUUCAUGUUCUCCGUCUUCCUCUUCAUGACCUUCUUCGAGUUCUUCUAAAUAAUCACAAACUUCCUCUGUAUUCCUUCCCAUUCUUCGUCCCCUGUUCUCUUCCCGUUGUGAUACGAAUCUGUCCGUUUUCGUCCCGAAUAAAGAAUGUCUCCCAAAUGACAUCCGUACUCUUUAUCUUCCGACCUUAUCCAGUCCUCCGCCGUCUCUCCGAUCCGCGCACUCUUCCGAAAUGCCGCCGAAAAACUUGAAAACUUGCGGAUGAUCUCCAUAAAAGGGAGAGAGGCGCCGUCCCCGAUUAGACGAGUCACUGCUUCUCGGAACAAGGUGAGUCAAUCGAAUUCCAUUCUUUCCUCAAAUCAUUCCCUUCUCUUCAGAGAUGUCUGUGAAAGUCGCGUGUUAUGUGACCGCUUCGGUCACCGUCGCCACCUUGAUGGUCUGCUUCAUGACCAUGUCGACCAUCUACUCCGAGGUCGACGGAUUCAGAGAGCAACUCGAUUCUGAAAUGAACGUCUUCAGAGUAAGAUAGACUUUCGAAUGAUCUUAAAAUAUAAGACUGAUUCUUUGCAGCAAUCCACCAACGGUCUCUGGAAGGACAUCGUCGUCAUCGGAAGAAACAGCAAGCGUGUCCGUCGUCAGUAUGAGGAAUCGAAUGCCACUCCGACUCCACACGCCGACGGAUCUCCGUCCGUUCCACCAGGCCAGCCACCAGCAGUCCCGCCAGUCUUCAAGCAGCCAAAGACUCCAAACGGAGCCGACGGAAACGGACCAACCUGCAACUGCCAGGCCGACAACAAGUGUCCAGCUGGACCAUCCGGACCAAAGGGAGUUCCAGGAACCCCAGGACUUGACGGAAUUCCAGGACUCGACGGAGUUCCAGGAGUUGGAGCCGAUGAUAUUGCUCCACAACGCGAGUCUGUCGGAUGCUUCACUUGCCCACAGGGACCAGUCGGACCACCAGGAGCUCUCGGAAGACCAGGACCACGUGGACUGGCAGGGCCAAAAGGACAGAAUGGAAACCCAGGAAGAGACGGACAGCCAGGACACCCGGGAGAGCAGGGAUCCUCCGGACCAAUCGGAAAGAUCGGAGAGCCAGGACCACCAGGAGAGAAGGGACGCGACGCCGAGCACCCGAUCGGAAGACCAGGACCAAAGGGAUCCAAGGGAGACCAGGGACCACCAGGAUCACCAGGACAGAAUGGACUCCACGGACCACCAGGAGAGCCAGGACCGGUCGGACCAGAAGGACCAACUGGAAAGCAAGGGCGUCAAGGACCAGACGGAACCCAAGGAGAGACCGGAGCAGACGGGCGACCAGGAAAGGACGCCGAGUACUGCCACUGCCCGGACCGUGCUCCAACGGACGCCGUCACCGGAAACCGUGGGUACAGAAGCUUCUAAUCCAUUAUUGUUGCUCCUUAAUAAACGUUUGGAAUCGACAAAAAGGUCUUUUCAAAUAUCCAUUUCUUUUGCUUGUUGAUCUUCUUCGGAUGCCCUUUCAAAAUGAGCUCUCGUCGUCUGCGCUCUCUUUUGCAGUAUAAAUGUGAAAUCUACAAAAAGGUGUCAAAAUUUGAGUUGGAAGGACAAAUAAUCGGCUCGCAGUGGGAAUCGGAUAUUCGGGCGGCGCCUUCCUCAACAAAAUAAAUAUGACGGCAAUGGGGGAAAGGGCGCGAAAAAGAGAAGAAGAAGAAGAGCGAGAGAAUGGCGGAGAAGGCGUGCCACUACUCGCACUCUUCCUCUCCUAAUAGAAUUCAAAGAAGAUGUGCGAAACUUGUCAUUCAUUCAUUCCGUGCUCUCUUCUCUCUUCGUCAAAUCAUUCAAGCAGUCCGUCGUCGUGCUCCUCCUCUCCGCCUCUCUUGUCUGUCUUGAUUCAAGAGGCGUGAGAAGCGCCAGAGUUGGACGGACCGCCCGCCCACGUACGAAGGAAACGAACAAGUUUACUUUUCGGUUACCCUACGGCGCCUCCGGGGAUAUUCGAGCCGUUGCAGCGACCAAAACGAGGUGUCCAAUUGAAUAUUCAUCAUUCUCUCGCGAUUCGGAAUUAAUAUUCCAGCUCCUGCUCUCUGUUUUUCUCCCUCUUGUUUCUUUCUUCCCUCCAUUCUUCCUUCUCAAGACGUUCAUCUUUUUCUGUUUGGCUGAAUGAACCUGCUGGAACCGACAGACUAUAGUCAACAGAAGAAAGAGAGAGAGAGGGAGAGCUUAUUCCGCUAUUGUCCAUUUGAUAAUCCUUGUAUCAUCAAGAGUUCUACGUUUGCUCACAUAUCAAUUUUCAGAUCAAGAACGUCUAGGCUCGAAAGAUCUCGAUUUGUGCUAAUAAGAAACUGCUCUCAAGAGCACGUCUCCACCUCUUUUUCUUUUUCUUCUUCCUUUUCGCCGCCUUCCAUCCCACUCCUUCUCGCGCUUAUUUUGCAUCGUAAUAGAAUUGCGAUUCAAGUGUUGACGAUUCGCAUCUUUCGCGCAUUUUCCGUUUUGUGUUCGGGUGCUGGCUCCGCGGCCAACUUGCAUCUUUUCUAUUCAAUUCGCCCUUUCAACCUUUCCACGCAGCUUCUUCUUCUUCUUCUUCUUCUUCUUCUUCUUUCCUCUCCACAACUUCUUCCUUUACUCUUGAUUUUCCAAGUCACUAGACAACCGAGACAAUUCAGGAGAGAAGGAGGGAAAGCGGCGAGACGACUUUCAUUAUGAGUCUAAUUACGGCUCCUCCAGACUGAUUCCUGCGGCGCCACACCUCCCUGUUUUCCUUUCUUCUCCUUCUUUUCCUUCCUUUCCUUCUUUUUUUGUGACGAGAUAUCACACAUUCUAAUCAUCCGCAGUUGCUCGGAACUAAUCCCCAGGAAUAAUAAAUGCGCAUACAUUUUCUCUGACAAAUCUUUCGUCAGUUUGUGUUGUAGUUGGCGGUAGUUUGCUCCGAAUCGCGAACAAUUAGUCACUUUCGAAGUACGCAAGACAGUUGGACUCUCAAAGGUCUGCUCCUGAAAUCCAAGAACAUCACCGUGAAAGCUCAAUGAUUCGUGUCCUAUUUAUCAGUCUUCUCAAAUGACUUCCGAGCCGUCCGUCCGGAAGCGUUCCUUUCCGUCCGCCCUUCCCAUGCCCUUUGCCGUCCUCCCAUUUCCAUGUCACUUUUCAUGCACAUCUUCUUUUUCUUCUUCUCCUCCUUCUCCUCCUCCUCCUUGAAAUUCAAUCCGAACGACAUAGUUUUGGUCAUUUGAACCGAGCUCUCAAUUCACUCUUUUUGCUUAUUGUUUCAUUUUCCCUCUUGCUCAUCGACUUCUCAAUUGGCCCCUAGGACAUGCAUACAUACACACACAUUUGUUGAAAUUUAUGGGCAACCGAGCAUUGACCGAUUGUUUAUUGUGCUUUGGCAAGAGGGUGUCAAUCGGGAGAAAAGGGAGAAACGAGCGGAGAAGAAAUAUUGUCGUUUUCGAAAUGGAAUUGGAGUGAAAUAGUUUUGGAGAUUGAUUCAUGUUGACAACAUUUAAAUUGGAUUCGUCUUUCAGCACAUUCUUCCAGCAAACCGUACUGAGCAACUUCCUUGUGCUUGUCUCCCUUCCUUCAGAAAAAUAUCAGCUCGCCGAGCAAAUCCCGUCCGCCGCAGAAGCGGAAAUCCAAAGUGCCAUAUUCAAUUAGCCGUAUCUUCUUCCUCUUUCCCUUCCCAUCUCGUCAUCUCUCUACCCCCAAGAGAAUCUCGCCCGAAGAAACCGUUUUCAGGAGUCGACCCCAUAAAAUCUGGCGAUUCGGUAGAUGGCCCCAUGGGAUACGUGCACGCCGUGCUCUUCUGGUAAGUGUCUGGGGCGGCUCCUUCCGGAGAUAGCGGGCCCAAUUCGUCUUCGGCCUUGUCUUCUCGGUUCUCCUUUGCCCCGCCCGCUUUUCCUUCUCCUCCUCCUUCUUCUUCUCCUUCUUCUACUACUGCUGCUUCUGCUUCUGCCCGUUUUUGUUUUCGACUCUCUCUUCCGCCCAUAUCGUCCUCCUCGCGCAUCCCACCCUCGAUAUAUCGCCGCUCUGUCGGUUUGGCUGCUCCGCGAGCCGACGACGCCAAACCGAAUUCGACUCUCUAUUCUCCUUCUCCGGCGCGAGGAGACGACGCGAAGCAGAAGAGUCGGAGAAACGACGAAUCGACGACGACGACGGCGCGUUUAUUUUCUGCUCGAAUGCGCCAUCCCAAAGCCAACGCGGCUUGCUCAAAGAGCCCUAACACCUGACCUCUCAGAGGAAUGCUAUUAUUCCUUGCUAUUCUCUUCAGGCUCUCACUGUCCCAAUUGCCAGUCGAAACGAUCGAAGAGGCGCCUCCAUCGAUCGCAGAGUUCUCAGCCAACAUCAUCCGCGAUUUCGAGUCGCAAUCCCGGUUCUCUCUAGUUCAGGAAGUGAGUUCUGUUUGGCCUAUCGCCAAUCCCCCAGAGAAACUCCACGUAAUUAGCGGACUAACAAGCCAUUUCGUUCUUUUUUCAGGAGUACGAGAAGCUCAAACCUGAUAUAAAAUCGAAGAAAGGGGAUGCGGCGGCAAAAUUGCGAGACGCCACGGAGCACCUCGAUCGGCUCAUCACCACGAGAGUGGAAGCUCUCAAGGUAACCCAGACUCGUUCCUUCCGUUUCAAACUCUGACGAGCUCUUUCGAAAAUGCAUGAAAUAGCAUGGUCCAUAGCGAUUUGUCAACGAAUUCCCUACGAAUUGUACUAUAAUUAUAAGGGAAAAAGACAGUUGUUUGCACUGAAAACAUGUUAUUCCACAUCACAUAUAUUUCGGAUAUGACCGACCCGGUUCCCCUUUCUCUUUUCUUUUCUCUCUCGGCGCACUCUCUCCUCCAAUAAUUACGUGCCAUAUCCGCCCAUUGAUGAGCUCUCCAAUUGCUUUCAUGCUCCAGAAAUUGGCGGCCAGUGCCGAGGCUUCCGCAGCGGUUUUCGACGAGUACGACGAUCAGGCGUACGCGGUGCCACAGGCGGAUAAACGGUGCGAAGCGUACAUGAAAAGGAUGAACGAGUCGAAUGUGCACAUGAUUUCGAAUAGUGUGGAACAGAAUGCACAGUCAGGCGUGCAUAUUACUGUCGAAUCCUAUCAAUGUGGUAGGGGGAUGAGCACAGAGGGACCGCGCUGAAACAGUCUGUUCAGAUCCGCGCGUUAUGAGGGAUUUCGACUGGACCGGCACCAAGUUUAUCGAGAAGACAAUGACAGAAAACAAGGAAAAGUCUCCUGAAAUGGGUCAUCAGUACAUUGGGACGUACUCUGGUUUGACGAGGAUGUAUCCAAGUGAGAUUCUCCUAUGAUCUAUCUCCCUCUAAAUAUAACUAUUCAGGAAGACACUGGAAAGUGGAGCCUGCUCCGAUCACAAUUGACCUGUUCGACCCGAGAUUCCGGCCGUGGUUCGUGAAUGCCGAGUCCGUGCCCAAAGAUAUUGUCUUUCUUCUUGAUUAGUAAGUCAAUGGCUCGUUUUCUCCGGGACCUCUCGUUUUUCAGCUCCGGAAGUGUGAAAGGACCCACGAUGCAUCUCAUCAAGAUCACAAUAAUGUACAUUCUCUCCACGCUCAACCCGAACGACUACUUCUUCGGCGUCUACUUCAAUAACCACUUCAACCCGAUCAUCAGCUGUGCCAAUCGAACAUUCAUGCCUGCGACGACCAGCAACAAGAAAGUGUUCUUCGAGGAGUUGGGAAUGCUGGAAGAGAAAGACCAGGCGCACUUUUCGACCCCGUUGAAGUUUUCGUUGGAUGUUCUGCGUGGAGUGAGUUGCUUCCCUUACAAGGAACCCACAGAACCCCAUUCUCUUGCAGAACCUGGAUUCCAAUCAGUCAUUGUUCGCUGACUACCGAUCCGAAGGUCACAAACUGCUCAUAAUUUUCACGGACGGAGUUGAUGAGUGGCCCCAUCAGAUUCUGGAUGAAGAAUUUCAAACGAGGAACAGUGAACUGGUGAGUCUGGGUCAACAUUUUCUUAUAUUCACUGAACAUUAGAUUCGAAUCUUCGGAUACUCGAUGGGAUACGGUACUAGUCUACUGCCUCUCCAGCAGUAUAUGGCAUGUAAAUCCCAUGGAGGAUACUCAGGUACGCAGUCUUGUUUCAUCCACUAACAACCUUUUCAACUUUUCAGAAAUUGACUCAAUAAUGGAUGUGAAACCACAAUCUCGAAUGAUUCAGGACAAGCUGAGUAAAGUGAGAGGGGCGGAGUUGAAAGAAUCGCGGGCGGAGAGCAGACAUCCCAGUUGGACGCAGCUGUACAUGGAAGCCCAGGGCAUCGGACCUACAGUAACCCUCUCCCUUCCCAUUCUGACAAGUGAUCAGCGUGUUUGGAGAGAUCAGGCGUUAUCUGGAGUUGUCGGUACGAAUGAGAUGUUUGGCACAGAGUGCAACAAGUUUUUACAGCAAUUGAUAUUGCGAUCAAAGAGUUCACCAAGUUCCUACCCACUUCGAGUGAACAAAUGUACGCGUAUAUCGUCGACAACAACGGAAUGCUCAUCUACCAUCCACAACUUCAAAUCCCUGUAAGUAUCCGAUACUUUCCUAGAUAUAAAAAAGGAAAAAAAUUCAGAAAACGGAAGUGCAUUGCAUCCGUCGGAGUGCUUGUUAUGAUGCUCAACAAGUGAAACAAAGGCUGGAUCAGGACUGAGGGUGAGAUUUCGAGCAAAGUUGAAUAGUUGAGCAAAUGUUUCAGGUGCACUAUGGAUUCAGUGACGAGAGAGUUUAUCGGCUGGUUGGACUGAUUGACAGUAUUCCCACCUUGGAUAUGGUAUCCAUCGUAUACUGUAUCAUCUAAUUGACAACAUCUUUCAGUAUGACCUGGAAGGUGAUUCCACUGCGAUCAGGGACUUGAGAAGGCGGAUAACAACGAAGACGUGCUACGAAGAAGCCAUCAAAGAUGUGAGUUGGACCAGAAAAGAAAAGGACCACAUUUAAUUUCCAGGAAUCAAAAGAAUUUCACUGUGCUCACAUCAAGAACUCGCCGUUCACAAUUGUAAUUGUGAACAACGUGGAUCUGAAAACUGUUUAUUACGAUGAUAAUGUUCCGGAUCUAGGAGUGCCCGAUAACAAACUCGUCACUUUCUUCUACUCGCGGAGGGAUGUUUGUCAGUGGAAACUCGACGAUUACCAAGCAGCCGACCGUUUCGCCGUCUGGACGGACAUUUCCAACAAAGAAGAGUGCUCGUUGGACGACAUGAGACUGCCCCGAGCAUUCGCGAAAGGACUCACCAAAUGGGCGACGUCGUGGCCGAAAUCAGACAUCGACAUGGCCUGUCAUCACGUACAGUACCCCGAGAACGCCUCCGUUCCCCACUACGUGAACAGUUUCGUUCACACUCGCUCCAAAUUGACCGCAUUCUAUCCGACAUGGUAUCGUUCAGUCGUUUCAGUUCUUUUCUCAUAACGUUUUUUCCAGUUCAAGUCAAGAUAUGAAAACAGUGAACAAGAAGUUCGACGAAGAGAUCAAACUGACCAAUAACAAUGACUUUGUGCAGUUCUCGAUGCGCUCUGGCAGUCUGCUGAUCUACCGAACAAUUGCAGAUUAUGAGAACAACCGACUGGCAGUGGUGGGAACUCAAUGGAAAGAAAACUAUUUCGACCAGUACUUUGACAACUUUACGAAGAUGCACUCGGAUUGGAAAGUCUGCAAAAAGGUAUCGCACUCUUCCAUUUCACCGUUAAACAAAUGAAUCAUUGCAGCAAGAGUGUUCGAUAAUCACUCGAAACGGCCACGUCAUCGCUUCGUCGGCCACCCGAAUGCCAGCCCAUCUGGCUACUUUCGACCCUCAACUUUUCGAAUCCCUUGUCAAAGUGAAUUUGGUCUCCACAAAUUCCUGGGUAGAUGUUCAAUCCGAAUGCAAAGCGAAGAGGAUCGCCCCGUGGAGCAGCGCAGCCCCCGCUUCCAGCAGCAUCCUUCGUUACUUUGUCAAUUCUCUCUUCAACUUGGCGAAGACGUCCUUCUGGAAGAAUCUUUUCGAGUCCAUGGUCACACUGGUCGACGCACAACCCUCGAUGAGCGGGAAAACGUGCACUUUCCAGAAGAUCAAGCCUUUCGAACGAUGUUUCAUGAAGUUUUUCCACUACCGGAUGACUCUGAAUAUCACCAAACAGUUGCAAUUAACGGGAAUAUCUACGUGUUCCAGGUAACGAUAGCUCCUGAAAAGCGAGUUUGUUUCAACAAAAGUUUCAGAUAUGCCAAAUUGUAUCCCGUGCCAAACACAACCCUUUCACUUAUCAUCGCAGAUCGAGCAUGCAACCAGUAUAAACCGAAAAAGACCUACGAAGCGGAACCCAAAAAAUGUGAGUCAGAUUGUGCAGAAGUUUCAAUGAUCGUUACGAUUUCAGUGGAAAAGUGCGAGGUGGUUCAUUCGCAUGCUCGUCGAAAACCAGAUAGUCUCAACGACUGGAAGAUCGAAUUGCAGGUGGGGAUUUCCAGAUUACCUGAAGAUGAUCCGAGUGGUAUCAAAAGUUUCAGAACAAACACGUGGAUUGCGUCAAUGGCUCCUCCGUCCGGAACGCAUUCCUCUUUUCUCUGAUCUUUGUCGUCGCCGCUCGAAUUUUCAACUGA